AUGGAGCGCACUCAACUUCUAGUCGGCAGUCUCGCAUUACUCCUAAUAACAAGCGCAGUCAGUGGUGCUGCGGCACAAGACGACUUAGCAGACUAUACUGUGAUGAAUUUUCUGCAGGAUGUGCAACGCAUAGACAACUUUGAGCAGCUGGUUUUCACACGCAAUCGCAAUGCAACUGGAUUGGCGGCAUUCGGUGUAGCUGCAAAUAUUCCGUUGAAAAGUCGCCAUAAGGAAUUGAGACGCUAUCAAAAUUUUAUGCUGGACUCGACUUUGGAUGAGUCACAAUUCGUGCGCGACUUGAUGGCCGACCUUGGGGUUCCAGUUAUACUUAUGAACGAGCUGAGCACGGUAACCGCCCGCUUCUACAGCUACAACCACUUUCCCGACUUUACGCUGGAGCGCAAGUCGUUAAGCUUGGAUCUUUUCCACCAUGGUCCCAUCUAUCCACAACGUCUCGGCAAUUUACAGGGCUAUAAAUUGUCCUUUAUAAUGAGUGGCACUGAUCCACGCCUCGUUGUGUACGAUUACAAGGGUGAAAGGAUAAUGGGCGGCUAUGCUGGCCACUUCCUCACUAGCUUUGCAAGCAAGCACAAUUGCACGCUCUACGAACCGCUGCCUGCUCCCUCGAUCACACGAUUUGCGCCAGCUCAGGAAUGUGUUGCCGCUGUGCGUAAUGGCACUGUCGAUAUCUCGAUUGGUCUUACUUUUCCUCGCAUGACUUCUGAUAAAAAAUUCACCUUUGAUGGCCUCACUUAUCCUUACGAGCAUGCGAAUUGGUGCGCUUGGUCGCCACUAGAACCAGAUGUACCGCACUAUGAAUUCUUUUGGAUUGUUUUCGAGGGUUUAGCAUUCGCCUUGACGUUGCUUACAAUCUUUGUUAUUUCGAUUGUGUUAAGUUUUGCACUCUGGCAGUACGACCACAAACCGGACGUGACUCGUUUUUUCUUGCAUGACGCAUGUCUACGCGGUGUAUUGGCUCAGUCCUUUCGGGAGCUAGCAUACGCUCCUUUCGUCAUACGCUUCAUCUAUUUGCAAAUCUGUAUACUUGGUAUUCUGCUAACCACCUCGUACAAUGCAUACUUUGCCGCUUACUGGACAAGUGCCCCGAAAGAGCCACCCUUUCGCUCCUUCAAUGAUAUUCUCCACUCGAACAUGAAGGUUUACAUGUUUGCUCCAGAGUACAAUGAGUUGUUCGCUCGUGCCGAGGAUUUGCGAAAAUAUACGCCAAUGUUUCAGAUUGAGGGGGAUUAUCAAAGAUUUCUACGCACUCGUGAUGCAUUCAAUACGAAAUAUAUCUACAUGAUAGCAUUGAGCAAGUGGAAAAUCUUUAGAGAGCAACAAAAGGUUUUCACCACUCCGCUUUUCCGUAUGCGCCACGAUUUGUGUCUCUAUCACAAUAUUCCACUUAGCUUUCCCAUACACAGCAAUUCUAUAUUCGCGGAAAAAUUAAAUGAAAUGAUUUUGGAGACAAUGGAGUCAGGUCUAAUCGAACACUGGUCGCAGACAUCGUUUUUGGAGUUAAUCAGAGCAGGUCGUUUGAAGUUUGUCGACUUGAGCCGCAAGAAUGAAUUCAGACCAAUGAAAGUGGAGGACUUAAAAUACGUUUGGAUCGGAUAUGGCGUCAUGUGCUUGGUAAUGGUUUUGGUUUUCGUUGCAGAGCAAUGCUGCUACGGAUCUCUUUACGAUGGCGAUGGUUUGGAGUUAAUGCAUCAGUAUCGUAAUCAUCGCUAG